CGGUCAGUGCUGAGGGUUUCAAUAACGAAAACAACAGGAAUUCUAUAUUUCAUAUGUUUAGUCCAUGUGGAAGUGAAAGUAAUACUAGGAACGAGCAUUUAAUCACGUGUACAAGGUGUUGUGCUUUGAAAUCAUUUUACCCAGAGUACACCAGGAAGCUGAUGAACAUGGCGCAGGGUCAGCGACGUCGCUGAGACAGUGGUGGAAAACAUACCGUGGAAAUUCUUUGCAAAAACGGCGAUAUACUAAAAUGCAAGUGUGAAAUGGUCGCACUCUCGGAAUCCUGGAUUACUACUGCUGUUUCAUUGAUGACUAAAAGGCGACACGGGCUAAGGAAUACCUUUCAUUGCAUUCAUAAACAUUUCUUUAGGACUCCAACCCCCUGAGUAGUAUUGCUGGGGAGAUACUCUAUCAUUUAUUUGAUACAUAACAAAGAAGAUGUCUGGUUCGGUAAAAAUGAAAAAUGACCUUCCACAUGGAGUUGAAAGACUUACGGAGGAGCAUAGACAGGUGGUGAAAAACUAUCAAGGUCAAAUUGAACACUGGAACAAGGUAGAAAGAGAUUAUGAAGUCCUGCAGGACCGCCUUAAAACUUUACCCGAUAGGUUGUCCUAUGACAUCAUGGUACCGUUCGGCCCUUUGGCGUUCAUGCCAGGAAAACUCGUCCACACGAACGAGGUCACCGUUCUGCUGGGUGAUAACUGGUUUGCGCAGUGCUCGGCCAAGGAGGCUCAGACUCUAGUGGAACAUCGGAAGAAACAUGUACAAAAAACACUUGAUGACUUGCACAAAGUGGUGAAGAACUUUGAAAACAGAGUGGAGUUCACUGAGGAUCUUAAAAAACUCACUGGGGCAAAUGGAGAUUAUGUGGACAUCAGGGAAGAGAUGGAAAACGAUGAACAAGUUACCAAAGGAAAGCAGAGACUGGCCCACAAGCCCCACUCCAAGCCCAAAGAGGAGUAUGUGUUGGAGCUAGAGGAGGGGGAUGGAGGGGGCCACAGAGGACUGCUGUCUGAGGAGGAGUUGUGGGCGCGGCUGGAUGAGCUGGAGAGGUUGGAGGAGGAACAAGAUGAGCAGGAUCGAGUCAGUGACAGCGUGGACACUAAUGGCGAGUACUCCAGCUCCUCUUCAUCAGAGGAAGAGAAGGAGGGAGAAGGAGGUGACGGCGCUCCGGUGAACGGCCUUGCCGAAACGGAGGGCGGGCAGCCUGUUGCUCACGUGGGCCAGGUGAAUGGAAUCAGUGGAUCACACCCUAACGAAAACGAGGAGGAGGAGGAUGAAGAGGAAGAGGAGGAGGAGGAAGAAGAAAGCAAUGCACUGCCGACCAUCUACUUCUCUCAUACAGUGGAGCCCAAAAAGGUGAGGAUAAACACAGGAAAGAAUACCACUCUGAAGUUUAGUGAAAGGAAAGAACAGAAGGAACAGGCGAAGCGGAAGAAGAAGAAUGGAAAGACAAACGGACACUCUAUCCACGAGCAUCACAAGAUCAACACACCAGCAGAUAUUUACAGGCUGUUUGUGGACGUCGUGAACGGAGAGCUUAUUCCCAGGAAGUCCAUUCUGAAGUCCCGGAGCAGGGAAAACAGCGUGUGCAGCGACACCAGCGAGAGCAGUGCCGCCGACUUCGAGGAGCGGCGAGUUGCGUUCGGUCGCACCUUCAGCCACGACGACGCCACGCACAGCGAUACCAGCGAUGGAGUCACGGAGGAAGAGAGCCCGACAGGAGUACCGCUGCACCCCAGCAGUCGCUUUGAGGCAUUUUCAGGCACUGUGGUUGAGAAGGAUCCGCUACCCUCAUCCAUUCCUCACCUGACUAUCGCCCCUCCUGCUUUACCCACAAUUCCUGAGAGGAAGCUUGAAGAGGUGGGCCAGGAAGUGGCCCAGGAGCCGCCCAAAAGGGUUUCUAAGUUCAAAGCUGCCCGGCUGCAGCAGAAAUGAGAGAGAGAGAGAGCAAGACUCCGCGAACUGCCAGUCCCUUUUUAAACUUUUGUACUACAGUAACACUUUAGGCAGGACUUGCGGCAAGCAGCACUAGUUCUAGCACUUUCCUGUCUCUCUCCCUCUCUGUCUCUCUCUCUUUCUCUGUCUCUUUUUCUGCUGUGAUUAUUAUUCUUGUCAUACCAGUCAGUGUGUAUCAGUCCCUCUUUUCUUGCUAUGCAUCCAUAACGCUCGUUACACAUUUUUAUAACAGACCAUACCAAUGUUUCGAGCGUCCCUUUGAAAACUAUGAAAUGUCAUAUAUGCAGUUCUCCCAGUAUCCCUUGUAUGUAGACUGUAAUUUAGCUCUAGUUUGCUCAUAUGGUUAAAACAAAAAUGAUCAGAAAUAAUUUUAUGAAACAGUAGCAUUAUUAGCACCCGUAGGGCUCCACAUUCUGUCGUCGCUGUUCCUGUUGGGUUGUUUUCAUAAUAAUACGUUUAGCGGCUUCCGCUGGGGUCGCGUUUUUCUGCUGGUCGUCCUUUAGUGUUCUGUCAAUGAGAUCACCGUGCUGCUUGGAUGACAUGCGAUAUAACAUGAACAUGUCAGUCAUUUUGCCUCUCUUUGAGAAGAUAUAAGCUUUUCAUGUUUCUCCAGGGCUCCUGUGCGGAGUUUUUCUCUUUUUCUUCUAAAAGUGGUCUCUUUAUCUUUGACAUUUUGUUUUUGAAUGUAAACAAAUUUUCUGUGAACCCUUAAA